CUCCGGGCGGCACACCGGUGCGUCGUGCGUGUUUGUUUUUGUUGUUUGUUGUGGCACAGUGUCGACGAAUGCGUCGUUGGUCUUAGUUCCGCUGUUACCGUCAUGUAAAAUAUUUAUUAUUUUUUUCGUUUAAUUUGCGAUUUUUCGCGUUCUUUUAGUCAUUUUUUAUUCCGAUUCUUAUCGCCGUUUUCUCAAUUAUUUAUUUGUUACAUUAAAAUUAUAUUUUGUUUAAUGCAUACACACAUUUUACAUAUUAAAAAUCUAUUAUAUAUAUUUCGCGCACGCAUAUCGUGUUGAAUAUCUGUCGUACACUCGCACACGGUGUAGACAGAGUGGUUCAGCUGAAUGUGAAUUGUCCAAAAACUGCCAAAGAUCAGAACAGACGACCACUAAUCUUGUUUAACACUCAGUAGCAAUUGUCGACCGAGGAAUUUAAAUGCUGGGCAAUUGAUUAUAAGGUGAUCCGAUGAUGUCGUCCAUGAAACCGGCUCCACUGCAGUUUGUCAAGCUGGCACCGUCUGAUCUCUAUCGUUCGGCGCAAGAUCAGCUGAACAAAACGGCUGCAGUGGUCGUCAAGCCAAAACCAAAAGAAUUUGAUGCUGACUGGCAAUCGGACUUGGAUAAUUGGAAAAGUAACAGGAGAAAACAACAGGAGCACAUUAUUGAGCGACUGGUAGAGGUGAAGAAAUUUGAAACGGAUAGGUUGGACGAUGGGUUCCGGAAAAGGAGCAAAACGUUUAACGAGAUGAUACAAGAAAGGGGUAAGAGCGGACGAUUGAGGAGUUUACCCGCGCUGUACCAGGAUGACGAUGAUAGUAACGAUCUCAGCGACCUUGGCCUGAGCACUAGUAAAAAGAACUGCGUUGACGACUAUGAUGGAGAUGAGAUGCUGCAAAAUCACACGACGGAAGACCAUCGGAAUCGUUCGACGGAUAGUAGUGUCGAGGAGCGAGUGUCGCACCAAUUCGAUUGUCAAACCAAAGAUCUGGUCGAAGAGGAUCGCGAGGAGGAUGACGUCUUCCGUGGAGCCAAAGAACCCGCGGCUGUGCCCGUCAAAAUGGCGACGGUGCAAACGAUUGCCGCAGUCAUGGUGGCUCCGACCGAACCAGCCGUAGCCGAAAACGGAUACGACAGGGCCAUCAAAGACUAUGUUGAUUUCGCUGAGUCCAAGCGGACUUCCGUGGCUAAGUGUGAAGAACAGCCGUUACCGUGCCGUAAGCCCGCAGUAACCGAGAUUAGGCGUCGGAUGUCAGCGCCCAAAAUCGAGGAGAAAGUCAUGUUGCUCAAGACGCGAUCGCAGUCCACGAAAGACUUGAACUCCGCUGCCACCGGUGAACUGCCCAAGGUGGACAUUGUUAAGCGUCGGGAGAUAUUUGAGAAGAUUUGUUCGGAAACAAAAGCUGCCGAAGUGCAACACAAUAUUCUGGCUAGACAAUCGUCACUCGCAAAAAAGAAAUCUCUCAAAGCAUCGCCGACACCAUCGCCACAGGCUAAUGUUGCCACUCCUGUUGCGAACGUUUUUCUGGAACAAAUGGUCGAAGACAUCAUUUAUUCGCCCAAAUCGCCGUUACCAGGAACAAAUUCAGCUAAGGUAGUGGAGCCGCAAGACGAACAGCAAAUUACCUACAGUAGUGAAGAAGAAAUACUGCAACAUCGCUGUCUGGCCGUUGACUCAGAAGUAGAAGACGAAAGAACGGCAUCAGCGACGGAGGAAGAGAUGAUGGCCGAAGAGGAAAAACCUAUAGUAGCGCUGGAGAAAGAACGGGUUUGCAUGGUGGAGGAUGAGUACCACCAUCACCUGCAGCAUAUCCGCCACCAUCAGCAGCUUUCGUCCCUUUCCGAUCUAGUUAGCCGGCACUCGAUCGACAGCUUGGACCAGGAGUGCGGUCACACAGCUGAAGAUCCUGAUGAUGGCAACUACCCGGGUUCGUGUCUAAGCGCCGAAGAUAGUGGUGUGCACACCGAGGACAUGUCGAGUUGCGUGAGCCAAGCUGACGACGAAGAACGAUCCAACUUGCAGCCCAGUCCUGUUCUGCUGCAACAGCCACCGAACGUCGUCCAACAACAUGUCGGCGACACGUACAAUAUGGUACUUGAAUUGACUCCCGUCAAUGCACUGGAACCACCCAAAGAGAAACCACCUCCACCACCUGUAGACGCAUAUCCUGAUGACGAUAGCCAGGUACAACUUCCGCUUGAACCUGCCGUGGACAGCAUGGAGUCAGCCAAACGUAUAAAGAAAGAGAUGUGGAUGAAACGUUCUAGUUUUCUUGGCUUGGAAGAAUACACGAACGGUAAUGCCAGCUACGAGCACGAUUUAGAAAAUUUGAAGUCCAAACCUCCUGAUUUGACGUCGUUCCUGGAAGAGGAACGUCGGCUGGAAAAACUUUUGUACAAUCAGAACAAACCCGAACGGCAACUACAUGAUACAACUAGGAUUUACGAGAACGUCAACAGCAUUCCGUCGCAGAACGUGUAUGUAGAUGACGGUGGCGACAGCGAGAGUAGUCAAUAUAUGAGAGACAUAUUACAGGUAGAAGAACAGAGUCGGUGUAAUCAGUUGAAGAACAAAGCAGCUCAAAAUAAUAUAGGUGAAAAAUUAGUGAAAAAAUUAAAAGAACUCGAAGAGGAUCUAAACAAUCAAGAAUGCGCUCGAGUUGGAUCAGCACACUGGUUGCCGCCACCCACCCGUCACUCCAUGCAAGACAUCUCAUCAACUGCCUCCGUCGCAAAUGUCGGUCCGCAGCCACCGACAUUAGACCACACUCAGUCCAUGCCAAACUUGGAGCAACAGCAGCCUGUUCAUAGCAUCAGUCAAUACCAUCAACCUGAAGAUUUUACAUGGUCUUCUCAGAACGGUUGCCCUAGACCGGUCCAGCAGAGUGUCUACGCCAAAAGAAAGCCGAUUAAUAGUCAGUCGGAAAAAUAUAAUUACCAACAUUGGCUUAUUCAAGAAGCAGAACAUCGACGUCUAGUCGACCGGUGUAACCGUCAAGUGCCGCCCGGCGCUAUUGCGUCAAACCAACCACGAUCACGUACCAGACCGUCUCUACCGCCUCCACCACCGCCAUCACACAAAAAACCUUUGCCUGAUUCAGUUAUUAAUACCUUGACUCAGCGUGUGCAAGACCGUUUAUCAUUCAAUGAUUUCCAUAGACACGAUCACAUCGCAAGUGAUGCUGCUCCACAAGAAUCGAUGUUGAGCGUCAGUGGCAAAAAGAAGUGUUCGCACUGCGCAGUGGAACUUGGUCGCGGCGCCGCCAUGAUCAUUGAGAGCCUCCAAUUGUUUUACCACAUUGAGUGUUUCAAGUGUUGCGUAUGCUGCGUACAGUUGGGCGACGGCUUAAUGGGAACUGACGUACGAGUCAGGAACAAAAAGUUGCAUUGUCACAAUUGUUUUUCGAGUGAUGAUGGAGUAAAAUUCAGUUGCGUAUAGGAAGUACGUUAAGUGAAAUAGUAUUAAAAGAUAUAAAUAAAAUACGAAUUCAAGUGUUAAAUUUUUAAAAAUAUUUUAUUUAUGUAUAAUU